CGCGCCAGAGUGCAGAGAUUCUUUUUCCCCGACCCUUCCAUCAACUCACAUUCAUAGACAUACACACACAUGUCAUUUGUUGUAUUAUAGAAGAUGCGCCGUCACUCGACUCAACAACAAUAAAAAAUAAUUUCUUUCGCUCAUUUCUCUCGCUGCUCAGUGUGUGUAUCUUCUAUGUAUGCCUAUCUGUCAUUAUUUUAGCGCUGUCACACACAAAAAAGAGUACCCCUCCUUGGUUUUUUUUUAAUCUUGCCAGUCUUAUCGCCUUCGCUAUACACCACACCAGCAACCACCACCACCGAUCGGACUCCCGAUCUCUCUCUCUCUCUCUUUUGAUCAUCAUUAACGCGCCUCCUCACCUCUACGUGCCACACAUUUCUCUCAACAUCACACAUGCUGUCAAUAUAUAUAAGCUCGGCUCGUUAUUGAUAUAAUAAGUUCAUCCGCAUAUCGCGACUGCGUGCGCUCUCCUGCACAUCAACAACCAUUAUAUAUAUCAACAUUACACACGUGCAGAAACUUCAUCUAAUAAUAACAUCAAGCUCCACGGUCUCGCGAUCAUCGACGAGGAAGAGAAAAAGAAAAGGAAAGUGUGUGCCAAGCAAGAAGAGUGGUGUCGCGAGUGUUGUAAUUUGUCGUUAUCUCAAGAGCGACCAAGCUGUCUGUUGCGAGCGGCAAGAAGAAGAAGCUUUCAAUAUAACACACGGAGAGUCGCGAGGCAGCGCCUAAAUUCUAUACGAGUAGAUGGCAUAAGUGAGCGAAUAUCACAAUCGACAAUCCCGCUCUGCACGUAGCAGAAGAGCGCGCUCGAACGUAGCAGAAGGAAGGAAAACACACUUCCACACACGGAGCCGAGUGUGUAUACAUAAAAGUGUGCGCGCGUGUGCGUUAAAUCUAUCUCUCUCUCUUUUCGUGAGAGAGCGUGCGCCACACAACGCAAAGUCGAGCUCGCUCGCGCACACAGUGACUGCGAGCAAGAGCACGAAAACAUAGAGAGGGGGAGAGAGAACGAGAGAGAGAGAGGGAGCAGCAGUAUAGCAGCAGCAGCAGCAGUAAUAGAGCCAGUGGGCAAGAUGGCCGCCGACUCGGGAAUGGAGACGUGUCCCUCCCCGGAGAUCGCCGACUCCAGGAAACGGCCUCUCGACUGCGACGUCGAGAAUGGAGCAACAAAGCGUUCGCAUUACGGCACAGGAGGAGAUGGCACGUACCACCUCAAAGUUCUGGUGCCAGGAGUGGCGGCCGGCGCGAUCAUCGGCAAAGGCGGCGAGACGAUCGCGCAGCUGCAGAAGGACACGGGGGCUAGGGUCAAAAUGUCCAAGUCUCACGACUUUUAUCCAGGAACGACCGAGCGGGUGUGUCUGAUAACGGGCACCGUCGAGGCCAUUAUGGCGGUCAUGGAUUUCAUUAUGGAGAAAAUCCGCGAGAAACCCGAUCUCACGACCAAGACGACAGUUGACUUUGACUCUGGCAAAACAACCGCCGAAAGGGACAAGCAGGUGAAAAUCCUGGUGCCGAAUAGCACAGCAGGUAUGAUAAUCGGCAAGGCCGGCAACUACAUAAAGCAGAUCAAGGAGGAGACAGGCGCCUACGUGCAGAUCUCUCAGAAGGCCAAAGACGUAUCACUGCAGGAGCGCUGUAUCACGGUGAUCGGCGAGAAAGAGAAUAAUCGCAACGCUCUGCUGAUGAUCAUCGCCAAAGUCGCCGAUGACCCACAGAGCGGCACUUGCUUGAAUGUCAGUUACGCGGACGUCAGUGGCCCGGUUGCCAAUUACAACCCGACCGGUAGCCCAUACGCUCAAACACCAACUACAACGCCGACUUAUACCUCGACCGCUGGCAUCAACACAGUGAGCCUGCUGAACGGAGCCGGUCUAAGCCUGAACCUGAACUUGGGCGCAGCGCUGACGGCGGGCUCGACGCCCAGUCAGACCACUCAGCUGUUGGAGCACAUAAAGCUGUCGCUGCGCAGCACCGGCUUCGGCGAGCCCGCGGCCACGGAGAUACUGGCGGCAGUGGCCACUCUGGUCAAGUACAACGUGCUGGGCAUGGGUCUGGUGCCGGGCUCGAUGUCGUACCUGGGCAACGCGAUGGAGUCGCAGACGACGGUGGCCAACGGCUCGAACAACAACGGCGGAGUGUUCGGUCCAAUCGGCACGGUGCCGACUCUGGGCUCCACGUCGCCGACUCCGCGCUCAGCGUUGGAUCGCUACGAGCCGUUCGUCGACCCGUUCCGGCCGAACAACAGUGCCGCCGCAGCGGCCGCGGCCGCGAUAAACCUCAACAACAACUCGUUCGGUCUGGGCACCAACCACUUGUCACUCGUAAGUAAGUCGCCGGUCGCCUCGAGCGGCCAGGUCGAGGCGGCUAACGCGGCAGCCGCUGCGGCCGCCGCCGUUGGCAUCAAGGAGGGCAAGGAGGACAUUGAGAUCCCAGAGGUUAUAGUGGGAGCGAUAUUGGGACCCGGCGGUCGGAAUCUCGUUGAGAUACAACAGCUCAGUGGCGCGAACAUACAGAUCUCGAAGAAGGGCAUCUUUGCCCCCGGUACCAGAAAUCGCAUUGUCACGAUCACGGGCUAUCCCGACUGCAUCAGAACCGCUCACUAUUUGAUCAAGCACAGGGUCAGCGAGGAGGAGGCGAAGCGAGCGCGUCACAAUACCAUUACCGGCAUGAUUCAUUGAUCGGCCAAUAAUAAUCACCCCGAUAAUAAUCAACACCCAACCACCACCACUACCACCACCACUGACAACUCCAACCAAGUUGAUCUUGUUGCCAAUCUCGCUGCCACUGGCUGGCUGCUCCUCUCUUCUCGCCCUACCGCCACUCUCUAAAUACAAUUCUUCUUUUACGCUACUGUUGCUGCUGUUCUUUCUCGUCAACGCUCGCUCGACAACACCUGCUGUAGAUUUUCACGCCGGCGACCGUCGAUGAGAGAUACGGCAAAAAGGGCUCGCGAGACGAGCGGUCAGCCAAGUCCUCGCGUAUCGAUUUGCUGUCGUCGUCCCAUUCAGAGCGAGAGAGAGAGCGAGAGAGAGAGCGAGAGAGAGAGCGAGAGAGAGAGAGAGAGAGAGAGAAAGAGAGAGAGGGAGAGAGUGUGUCCGAGAAAGAGAGAGAGAGACAGCUCCUCUACGAUACAUGUGUUAGAUUCAUUGCCAUAUACACUCUGUUCUCACGUAGCUUCGUUAUUAUCCUCCUUCCCUCCACCUUUACAUAAUACAACCCGUACGUAAAGCUUUCAAGCGGGAUUCUAAGGCGGCCGAAAGACAAUCCAUUGCUGUUGUUCUUUUGUCCUUCGGCCGCUUUAAUCUCGUUGUGUGGCCGAUGUAUUUUUUUUCGAGGGAGUCCACGUUACCAUUACAGCAAAAAAUCAUUUACCGAGUUCAGAUAGAGGAAAACAAACACUUUUUGACACUCGCUUCGUUGUCAUUUCGAAAGCUGAAAGAAGGUGAAUGGUUUUUUGGUGCGCUAUCGCACUUCUCUUCGCCCGCACACGCCCGUUGUCCGCUUUAAACAAAUUUUUUUUUCUCUAAUGAAAAAAAGCAAAAUUCGAUAUUAACGAGUGAGAGCAUCAAAGCAAAGAAAUGAUAUAUAUUCCCGACACCCGUCGUCACCUUAUCGCAGCAUCACUAUAGCGCCUGCAUUGCUACUACUACUUCUACUACUUCUACUACUACUACUACUAUUCUACAUCACCAUUCAUUUUCAUCCAUCACGGCUCGUUAAAUGAUAGAUUUUACUUUUUAAGAAUUCUUCUAUAAAUAUUACAUGUUACAUAUAGUGAAAGAGAGAAAGAUACAAAGAAAGUGAGAGAGGGAGAGAAAGAAGUAUAAAACUAUUACAAUUGUUCUGUGAUACACCACGUUACGGGGCUUUAUCACAUACACAUUGAGAAAAAUACGUUAUAUUAUUUAAAUAUAAAUAUGAAAUACGACACUUGUUCAUUGAGAAGCAGGAUUCGCAGCCAGAAUUUAUUGCGAUACACAAUUAAUAGUUGUAUGAUUUUAAAAAGAUAAACAACUUCAAACAUAGCUUUAAAUUCGAUAUUUGAUGCAUUGAAUAUAUCGAGAGGGAGAGUCGUUGCGCUAGUAUAAAGGUGUUUUAAUAUAGCAGCUGCUCGAGAAGUCACCGCUUUUAUUCCCCCCACUUCGAAAUCAUUUUUUACAGGCCAGCUUUUUAAAAUAAUUUUUAAUAUAUUAUUAUUCUUUCUUGACACUAUUGUUUUUUAGUCAGACGCGUACGCAAAGAGCAAGGAAGGGAAGGAAAAGAAUGCCUUGGUAUUCUCGAGUAGCGCGCAAAACACAGCGACGCUCCAAAAUGUAAGAAAAAAAAUUAUGAAUUAUAUAGAGAAAAAAAAUAUCAGAUGAAAAGCGAAGUUUAUAGAGCAGUGCUUUAGACGACUCUCGUCUUUGGUUAUUUAAUCACCAGAAGCUAGUUCCUCAGAGGAUAUGCGCAACAGGAAUUUGUAAAUUUAUCAUUUUAUUGAAAGGUAGAUGAACUUUAUAAUAAAAAAAAAAUAAAAUUUUUCGAUUGACCUUCAAAAAAAUGGUGACGUGAACAGAGAGAAAAAAAAAUAUAUAUAUAUAUAAUGGAAAAUGAGGUACUCGUUUUCGCCGUACCUCGACAGAAUUUAUUUGUUGAGAAUAAUCAAUAACUUUGGCCAAAGUAAACGUAUUUGACUGUUCAUCGAAAAAAACAUUUUUCCAAAUAAAAGUGCAUAUAUCGCGAGGUUAACAUGACCGAGAAAGCCACGCUAAUUUUUACCAAAGAGAUACUCGUUGACACGCAGAUCGAAAGCACUUUGUUUACGAAUGCUUAUAAUUAUUAUAUUCUCGUAUAAUAUUAAUAUAAUUAUUUUUACACUCUAUAUAAUUGCGGGGCUGGUCCCCUCAACACGAGAGAGAACUAAUCAUUCCGUCGUUGCUGUAAUUGCGCCCACAACCCCUGCCUAUACUUCACUCAUUAUGCUCCCAUCCAUUUCUUACAUACAUAAUGAUGCUUCUUUUCUUUUCUCUUAUUAGUUGAAUUCAUUAUCCCCAAAGAUUUAUCAUUGUUAUGUAGCUAUAUUAAUGUUCAUUAAUUCUUCAUUAGCUGUUGAAUGUUUUUUUAUUGAUCAUUUUUAGAAGCUUUUUUCGAUCUGCGCGUGACUUGAGUCAGACACCGAGAGACACGUCAUAAUAAUACUUUUUGUCAAUAGCGCGUGUGUCUAAUCGGUUAUCGUUUUUUAUUUUUUUUGUGAAUUUCGCUUCGAACAAUCAAAUUCGCCUUACGGAGAGCCCAAAGUUUCGUGUUUUUUCUUAGCAUAUAUAUAUUAUACAAAGUAUAAUGAUAUAAAACAAAAACGAGCAAAAAAAAAAACAAAUAUGACAAAGAUACAAAUGUCGUUCUUUUUUUCUCCUCUAAAUAAUAUUCCGCGGUAUAAAAAGUCGUUCGAAAAGGAACGAUUAUAGGAAAUUAGAUUUUUAAGUAUAAUUAAUUAAAAACGCGACGUUUCGUGCAGGCAAAAAUUAAACUGCAAAACAGAGGUUGAUUUUUUUCAUAUAUAUUUUAUUGGGGAAUGCGUAAAUUACGUACUAUUCAAUCGAUUUUUGGAAGACAAAUCACUGUCUUCUUACGCUGAUUUUUCAUGUACGAAAAUAAUAGAUUUUAGUAACACGUGCGCGCUCGCACACAUACACAAAUAUAUAUAUACACACACACAAUACACAAAUACACACAAAUUAUAAAAAAAACGCGAGGUUAAAAGAAAAAUGAUUAAAUUAUACGAACGGCUGGAGAAUUGUGUUCCAAUUUUUUUCGUGAGAGAGAGAGAGAGAGAGAGAGUGAGAGAAAGAGAGAGAACAAGAGAAAGCAUAUAUAUACAUAUAGGUGAUUAAUUUCCGCUAUAAUUAAAUUAUUGUUCGUUCAGGGUAGGUUUUAAAUAGGAAGCAUUCGAUAGGACAAAACAUACGCAUCGUUACAUAUAUUAACUAGGUAUAGUAUCGUUAGCCCGAUAUAAUAUUAAUCAGUAAGUUAAAGUUGCAAUGAAAACAGCAACAAAAUGAAAAUACUAUCUAUAGAAUUAUAGCUCAAACAUUUUUCCAAAUCGGUUAUUAAAACAUCCACUCUACUUCAGUACAAUUGAACGCAGAGCCAAAGGCACUGGUUCACCGCUCUCGAAACAAACAAACAAAUAAUAAUGACUUGUAUAUUUAUAAAUAUGAAACAUUAUGUACACAGGAGAAGAAAGGGCAAAAGUGGUUCGGCGAGAGAUAAAGAAAGAUAAAUAAUUAUAUAUAUUUAUUCAGGUAUAUGUGUGUGUGCGUGUGUGUGUGCGUGCGUGUGCAUAGGCGAGUGCAAAAGAUGAAGAAGCCUGUAUCGUUCGCUGUCUGAUUGCUGCAAAGACAAGUUUUCUCAAUGACAGUUACCUGAGUCCAAGUGAGCGCUGCGAGCGAAUCGCGGCUUCUUCGUCUUCGUUCUCGCACGCGUUACAUUGUCGUCGUUAUAAUAAAACAUCGCACGAUACGAGGGACACUGCAAGGCAUGAACUGUGCAUUGAUCUAGAUUAUUUGCGUGCAAAUAGAGAGAAAAAUAUCAAUAUUAUACCUGAGGAAUGAGAUAUAAAUAGAUAAAAAACAAUACAUAUAUAUAUAUAUAUAUGUCUAAGAGAUGGAUUAUAUAUAUUGUUAAAGCAGGGGAGACGUGUCAUUUUGAGGAGGAAUAAUAUUUACAUCCGCGAAAUUGGUAUAGAUGUCGUUUUACGUUUAAUUGAUCAUUUUUGUGUUUUUAAACAAAUUUGGCCAUAUUACCUUGGAGAAUACAGAAUACAAAAAAUACAUUCUUUCAUCCAUACAUACAUAUACAUGUUUCAGAUAUUACAAAAAUGCAGAUUUAUUCUGUAGCGUUAGAUAAGAUUUAGAUAGGUUCGAUUUUAAAGAAGUGUUUGUAAAAAAGUAAAAAAAUUAAUAUAGUCGAAAGAGUUGGAACAAGAUUUUAUUCUGGAGACUAGACCCAAGACUGCGUCCGUUGUUGGGGUUAUAAACUAAGGAAGAUGAAAAGAAAAUAAAGAAAUAAAAAAAAUAGACGAAACCAAAAUAAUGCGAUGCUUUUUAGCAAACAAGAAAUGAAAAAAAUAUUAACGCGCGCGAGGCCGAGUUGCAACAUCAUUGUUACUUAUUCAUCCGCAUGUUAGGUACAUUUUCUUAUCGUUUCUCAUCCUCUCCAUUAUACAUGUAGAAGAACUUACCAGUUGUGUGUGUAUGUGUGGAUGUUGCAUGUAUGCGCAGCUCGUGUCGCGAGUCACAUCAAAACCACACGAGAGAGAAGCAUAGACGCGUUGUUCCUGUCCUGACCUUAAGCGCGAUUGGCCAUUGAAUCAACGUCAAUUAGGAUGGAAUUGAGAGGAAAAGCUUUGUCAUUGAAAAAUUGUUUCUUGUUUUGUUUUCGUAUCUGAUGCGACACACAAUAUAUAUACGUCAUUCUCGCAACGACGAUCACUUUAAACUUUUUUAAAGAUAAUUAUCCGAUUAAGCGUAGGUUAUUGUUGUUGAUGUUGUGAUCAAUGUAUGCGUAGUUCGAUUUUUGCCGUUACUAAGUGCAAUAUAAUCGGAGUUGCGGGAUCUCAUUGAAUUCAUUGUUGUUUUCAUUUUGAACGAUACUUCUAUGCUUCUCUGUCGAUUAUACGGAAAAGAGUUUUUAGUUUCGAAGAUAAAAAGAAGAAAAAGCUUCCAGUACAGUCUCGUUUUAAAAGAUUCUUGCAGCAAAUAUGCACUCGUUAAAUGUAGGUCAUAGUGGAACGUGGCAGGCAAAAAUUUUUUAAAACAGUUCUUGAGUGCAAGAAAGAGUGUGUGAGAAAAUUACACGUACAUUCCCAUUUAAAAGAAAAAGAUUAAAAUAUAUUCAAUUAUAAAAUAAAAGAUGAAAAAAGGUGUGUUAAACUUAGCUUAACGUCAGCUGUGAUGGAAUUUGAGAAUGGAAGUGAAUAACGGCAAAAGAACGCGAAAUUUUUUUUCUUUCAAAAAAAAAAAAGAUUUCGAUUUAAGAAUCUAUUGGUCUCUGUUGUCGCGAUUCUUUUCUGCCAUUUUCUUAAUUUUAUUUUUUUCUUAACAUACAGGAAAUUAAACUUUAAUAAAUAAUUUGUAUAAGAUUAAUUGAAACAAAAUAGGUAAUCGGGGGAUAAA